GCUUAGCAUGAUUUAUUGAUUGCUUAGUGUCGUGAAAAUUUAACCUUUUACGUAUUCUAUUACAGUAUCAUAAUGACAACAGCGAGAACAAACAAAUCACACAACAUUUACGCAUAUUGCAAGUUGCUGCAAAACACUGGAUCAGAUAACUUGGCACACACAUUAAGGCAAAAAAGAUUUCAGAGCUGCAAAAACCUUUACAAACGGGAUUUAAUUGUACAUUUUGGUUGUGUAAAUGCGUUAGAAUUUUCCAAGAAAAACAAGGAAUAUCUUGCUUCUGGAGGGGAUGAUAAAAGAGUGUUGCUAUGGAAUGUUGGGGAGACUUUAAUGAACCCAAACUACAAACCAACUGCAAUGGAAACUCUUCAUAUAUCCAAUAUAUUUUGUCUGGAUUUUACAGCUGACAAUCAAUACCUUCUUUCAUCAGGUAACGAUGAGCAAGUUAUUGUUCAUGACAUCGAAACAAGACAAGAAAGUUGUGCUUACAUGAAAGAAAAAUCAAUAUUUGCAAUCUCGGCACACCCAGAACUUCCCACUUUGUUUCUUACAGCUUCUGAAGAUGGAAAAGUUUCAUUGACUGAUAUGAGAAUGUCAAACACAAAUUGCAUGGCAGAUUAUUCUUCUGCAUUACAUGGAGUGAUGUUUAAUCCAACUGAGCCAAUGCUGUUUGCUUCUGCAAAUUCCAAUGAAGGUGCUGCGCUAUGGGACAUCAGGAAACCAAAAACGGCGUUACUUCGAUAUGGUUUCCCAUUUUACAAAGAGAGAACCAUGAGUGUUCACUUCAACAAGACGGGGUCCUUGCUGUCUGUGCUCAGACGAAAGCGUCCUGUUAGAAUAUACAGAACUCACAGCGUGAUGCCAGUAUGCGACUUCAAAGCAACAGGGUACUUGAAUUCCUGCACAAUGAAAAGCAACUGUUUUGCUGGGGAAAAUGAUGAGUACGUUGUGUCAGGAUCUGAUGACUUCCAAGUUUACCUGUGGAAAAUUCCAGAAGAAAUUGACCAGAAAAAGUUCUUGGUAGAAGAAGAGCCCAGCAUGGUUUUAAAAGGUCACAGGUCCAUAGUUAAUCAGGUGAGGUACAACCCAAAUGCUCAAGUUCUUGUUUCAUCUGGUGUAGAAAAAUCAAUCAAACUCUGGACAUCAUUUCGUGCUCCACAAAGUAACGGAUGUAUAGGAAGAGCAUCUGAUGAUGUUGUCAGAUCUUUGUACACCAGAAAUGAGUAUCUUCGCCUGGUCUUACAAACUGGUUCUCCAUUGGCGCAUGACUAUGCAUUUGAAGACACAGUGGAAGAUCCACGAAUGAUGGCUUUCUUUGAUAGUUUGCUACAGCAUGACAUGGAUUUAGAUUUAGCAAGCGAAUCUUCCGACGAUAGCAUUGAUGAUGCCAUGCAAGAAAUUGUUCAGGAGCUAGACAGUCCUAUCAUUCUCAGUGACAAUGAAGGGGAGAUCGAUUAUUUGGGUGUUCAAGCAAAAAUCUGCCGCUUAUUUAUUCAAGCGAAAACAGAAACACCAAUAUCAACUUGGAAAAAUAUACCUCACCUGAAGAAGUUGCUUGGAAUAUGCAAACGGAUGGCUGAUGUUGAAAUACCACUUGUAGAACUGCAGCAGUUCCUAAAGUCAUACGAAGAAGAAAGAUCUAAAGUGGAAAGCAAUUGUGAAGCUGGUCCCUCUAAUGAACAAGCUUUGAAAGCGACAACUACAGAAAACUUAACAGAAAUGGGAGUCUCCUCUAACAUCCAGGGUACACCUGAUAAGCAAGAGCACUGUGUCAAAUUUCAAAAAGUUUCAAAUCAUUGCAAAAAAAGGAACGCAAGUAGCUGGAAAUGGAAACAAAGAACACUAUCAUCAGAUGAAGAUUCAGCUGGUAGUGACUUUGACAGCAAGUCUAAUUUGCGUCAAAUAAACGCUCAAAGGAAACAUAAAGUAAAAAAAUGGAACCCUGAUUCUGAAACAUCAGAAACCUCUUCUAAAAGCAAGAACUCUUAUCAGGAAAUUCCACAUGAAAAUACUGCACUUGACAGGUUAAGCAAUUGUACUGCUCAUAAAGACCAACCUAGUAAUUCCAAUUCAGCAUAUCAGCGCUCAGCUGAAAAACUCAAUCGUUCUAUUGAAGCAACAAACAACAGAAUUGCCUCUGUAGCCGAGGCAAUGGCACAAGCAUUAGAAGACAGUGAAAAUGACAAAGACAACAAUUAUAAUGAUCAGAGUGUUUCAUGACGGCUUCUAUUUAUUGUUAAAAUCAUGUCAGGCAGCGUUUAAUAAAUUUAAUUGUGAUGAAA